GGAUGAGUAUAUUGAGAACCGCUCCCAGGCCCGCCCCCUUACCCUUGCUUCAGGUACUAUGGUCAACACCCGUGGUCUGGACCGCCCCCAGCCUCCGCGGUUAAACCAUAUACCUAACCGCACCCUCUCAGCACCUACUCGCGCAGCCCCACCCUGGACCUGUUUCCGUUGUGGAUCUCUGGCCCAUUUAUCUCCAGCCUGCCCUUUAAAUCUACGUCCUGCCCCGCCAGGGCCCACAGGGAGGCUCUCUGCACCUCGGCAGGUCGCUGCUGUCUCUUCACCAGGACCCAAUAUUCGUCAGCAGGUUAUCCAGACAGUACGGCAGCUUACCACAGACCCAGCGGUUGCCCCUCCCAGGCCGAGAGAGGAUGUAAUAGAGGAAUAUGUUGUCUUGGGGAUGGGCUGGGACAACAGUGGACAGCCCAGAAAACAUGUACUUCCUGUCAGGAUCAAUGGUAGGCAGGUGGAGGGGUUCUUAGACUCAGGAUCAUUUAUUACCCUAGUGGAGACCCAUAUUGUCUCUGCAGAUGCAGUGAUUCCUGGCAAAACUGCCCGCAUUGUUCUGGCUGGGGGCCACAAACAAGAUAUUCCCAUAGCCCAGGUCACCUUGGAUCUAGGACAUGGGCCGUUUACUCAUCGAGUUGGCAUACUGCGACAACUGCCUGCUGAGAUCCUCCUGGGCAACGAUGUGGGCCAUAUUGAAUGCAGCCUCUCCCGAAAUACUAAUGAAGCCAACGCUGUCUCCAUGGAUGCGCCACAAGGGAUCUGACAAGUCGCCAACGUUCUCGAACCAUUGUGUGGCCCCCAGAAUGUGAGUCAGCCAUGAACGCUCUAAAGCAAGCUCUGGCUAGUUCCCCUGUGCUGGCGGCCCCAGAUUUCUCCCGGCGCUUCAUUUUGCAGACUGAUGCUUCCAAUUUUGGCCUUGGAGCAGUACUUUCCCAAGUUAAUACCUACGGUGAGGAGCACCCCGUUGCCUACCUGAGCAGGAAACUGUUACCCCGAGAGGCUGCCUAUGCCACCAUUGAAAAGGAGUGCCUGGCAAUUGUAUGGGCUUUACAGA